AUGAGCCUGGGAUUUCUAUGUCUCUUUCUGGUUUUCAGCACAGCUUCGUGCAUAACAAAAGAAAAUAAGAAAGAGAAGCAAGUGGCAGUGCUGGCUACUGCAGAGCUGCCUGCAAAGUCGCUGGACCUGGCUGCUAUUAACCUGACAGAGCUGGUGAAUGGGAUGCUGAGCUCUGCACUCAGAGGUACCAAGAAACUCUUCUCUUUGCUGAGUGUCACCACUUACAGCUCGUUUGCCUUCCACAAAGUGUCAGUCACCAUUUACAACAUCUCUAACAUAAAAAAUAUUGACCCUGGCAAGUUCCCUAUGCACUACUGCUACUGUUUGAAUAAUGUGACAAAUGACUUGACAGAUUUUACAGCUCUACUUGUUGAUAUCAUUGGAAACACCACCAGUUAUCUCACAGAAAUUUUCAAAUCCACAUCUAUUCUCUCAGUGCGUCAAAGCAAUGACUCUGAUUGUAUCUACAUCUGUGUGAUGGCAGGGCAGACAGGGAAAAAUCUGUCUGAUUUUUUGGAAAUACUAGAAAAGUCUCCUGUUAUUAAUUACACAUUUUCCAGUAACACAUCAUCUGAUCAAGAUCUAGAUUCAAUUUUAUCAGGUUUUGUGAAAUUGCAAGAAGACCCAAACAAGACACUGGAUUCAUCAGCAGAAUAUGUGUGGAGAUUUAAAUCUACCAGGACCCCUCUCACCCAGAAAGGAGUGGAAAUCCCCACCACAGAGCUCCCACCAUGGCCAAGGACAGCUGCAGCCAAAGGGUUUCCAUCACCCCAUGUGGAUGCUCCCUGGCCCCAAGGCACGGCCAGACCCUCUCUGAGCCCUGGGGGGAGGUUGGCCCCGUCUCCAGCCCUGCAGCCCAGCCCCACUGACAUGUUUUGGAUGCAGACUGUGUCUCCACAAGAAGCCAGCAAGCUGAUGCAAACAGAGCCAGAUUUGUCUUCCACAGUACUGUCUAUGCCACCUUCCUACCGACCUGGUGUGGCACUGAAACUUUACUCAGCUACCAGGUGCCCACAGGCGAUGCUCAGAGAGCCCCGUGUGACCUCACCUCCCGUCACUCUCGUAGUGCAGAAGAUCAAGCCCUGUGUGAUGGAGCUCUGUAGGUUCUUUCAGCUGUGCCUCUGUGUUGGUCAGAGAAGAUAUUCCAGAAAGGAAGCCAUGAGGUACUGUGUUGAAUACUAUUCCUGGUUUGUGAAAAAUGCAAGUUAUGUCUGCGAAAGAGUCAAAAGAGUUGCUUACUCCCACACAUUAAAGCAAAAAUGCCUUAAAAACAUCUGUACAUCAGUUUAG